GUCUCGCUGUAGCAGCCAAAAGUCACCCGCUAAAUCGCUGGAGAUACAGCGCUCUAGGCAGUCGCCAUCAGUGUCGGUGAGGCCCCACUCUGCACCUCGGCUUGCGGCUUACCCCAGAAUCUCUCCGCGAAUCGUGGCCCGACGGCGUUUGCUUGGCCUCGGCUCCGCAUCAUUGCUCGACUUAAAUAUCAGACGAUUGCAGCGUCUUUGGUGACCUGACAGCUUCACGUUUUUUUGCGGAGAAGUCUUGGAUUCAAGUUCUCCUUAUACUUAUACUUUUUCUUUCUAUCUCUCUCUUUAGUGUACUGUCUUGGUACAUCAUUCGCCAUCAUGUCGGCUCGAAUCCCAGCUCUUGUUUCAGCACACGUCAGCGAGGCGGCGCGACAGAAGAUUGACAUUGUCGCCAAGUUUGUCGAGGAAGAAUGCAUCCCCGCCGAUCCCGUACUUGAAGCCCAGGUUGGCGAGGGCGAUAACCGCUGGGAGAACCACCCGUCCAUCAUCGAGGAGCUCAAGGACAAGGCACGCAAGCUGGGCUUGUGGAACAUGUUCCUGCCCAAGGGCUUCUACGCAGAGUCUCCCGGCUGGACCAACCUCGAGUAUGCCCUCAUGGCAGAGUGGCUGGGCCGCUCGCGCAGCGCCUCGGAGGCGUGCAACUGCGCUGCUCCCGACACGGGCAACAUGGAGGUUGUGGCCAAGUACGGCAACGCCGCGCAGAAGGAGGAGUGGUUGAAGCCCCUGAUGGAGGGCAAGAUUCGCUCGGCUUUCCUGAUGACUGAGCCCGAGGUCGCGUCAUCGGAUGCCACCAACAUUCAGCUUCAGAUCACUCGCGACGGCGACCACUACGUCCUCAAUGGCUCCAAGUGGUGGUCCAGCGGUGCCGGCGACCCUCGAUGCAAGCUCUACAUCGUCAUGGGCAAGACUGAUCCCAAGAACGCCGAUCCUUACAAGCAGCAGUCGGUCAUCCUGGUCCCUGCUGGUCUGCCUGGCAUCACCAUCAAGAGAAUGCUCAAGGUCUACGGCUACGACGACGCUCCCCAUGGCCACGGCCACAUCACCUUCAACAACGUGCGCGUUCCGGCCAAGAACCUGGUGCUCGGUGAGGGCCGCGGAUUCGAGAUUAUUCAGGGCCGACUGGGACCUGGACGUAUUCACCACGCUAUGCGCAGCAUUGGCGCUGCUGAGCAAGCUCUCGACUGGAUGCUCACACGCGUCAACGACGAAAACAAGAAGCCUUUCGGCAAGCUCCUGCGCGAACACGGCGUCAUCCUCGAAUGGAUUGCCAAGUCGCGCAUUGAGAUCGAUGCAGCACGCCUCAUCGUCCUCAACGCCGCCGUCAAGAUGGACCAGGAGGGCCCCAAGAAGGCUCUCACGGAGAUUGCCGAGGCCAAGGUCCUCAUUCCCCAGACCGCUCUGAACGUCAUUGACCGCGCCGUCCAGGCAUACGGUGGUGCCGGUGUCUCUCAGGAGACUCCCCUGGCCAACAUGUGGGCUGGCAUCCGAACGCUUCGUCUGGCCGACGGCCCUGACGAGGUGCAUCUGCAGCAGAUGGGCCGCAACGAGAACAAGCGCGGCAAGGAGACGGCGGCCAAGCUCAAGUGGCAGAAGGCCAAGACGGCGGAGCUGCUGAAGAGAUACGGCGUUGAGCUUGCCGAGCCUGGCACCAAAAUCAAGCACGCUGCCAAGUUGUAAUGAAAGAAUGGCUGGUCUGUUUACAUUGUCUUGUUUUGAUCUGUCAUUGGUUUGUAAAAUACGGGAACUAGGGUAAUCUCGAGAUGUUGCAUUGCAAAAUAGCGUAUAUAGUAUGAUAACACACUUCAUAAAAGAAAGAAGUCUAAUGCAACUGUACCUGACUUAUAAGAUACACUUUGGUUAGAGGUUUAGCAACUCGUCUUCCUUCUCACUUCCAACCUUGUAAAUGCCCUACAAAAAAUCAGUCUCCAACACACCAUCCCUAUCAACCAAUCCAUCAGCUCUCUUCAUCUUUAUUCACAUACCCAUGACUCACAAACUACCAACCAUCCCUUGUUUAACCCCGAAAACAAGUCUUUGUUUCUACCCAUUCUCUUAAAACAACUCCCCCAGUCUCAUACCAAAAUCCCAUUCUAGUUCUGGGUAAACUGAAGCUAAAAGAGACUCUCC